AAAAUUAUUAUACGUUUAAAGCGUAAAAUGCAAUGAUCGAGAUUAUGCAAGAAUUCGCAGAGACAUGAGACGGAAUGAUCAAUUAAAUAGUGACGUCGGAGCAAAUAAAUGUCUUUCUCCAAACAUUUCGUCGACAUUCGUAUUUUGAACAUUAAGGGCAAUUUGCAGCGGCGUCGGCGUCACCGGGUAUAUAUUGUGAGUGCAUCGUUGCGCACACGCAUUGUCCACUUAAUAGGCGUAACUAUGAAGGGUGUAGUGAUAGUUUGUGUCGCGGUCUUCGGCAUCGCUGGAUGUAGUCUCGCGCCCUUCAUCACGCCAUGCAGGGAACAGGACACGGCAUGCUUACGGGCGUCAGCUCAGAAGGCGGUGCCGAUCCUGGCUGCCGGCAUCCCCGAGAUGGGCAUCGCCACGCUGGACCCCAUGCACGUGGAGCAGGUCCGGACCUCACAGGCUGGCCUCGACAUGGACUUCAGGAACACCAGUGUGACGGGGCUACGGAAUUGUGAGGUCCUGCAUUGCAAGCGACACGCACAUAGCACAUUCGUAGACCUGAAGUGCUCGGUGAUGCUGGUGGGGAACUACACGCUCGGCGGGAAGCUGCUCAUCAUGCCCAUCGACGGCACUGGCAGAUACGCCAUUAAAAUAAAUGACAUCGUAGUAAAGAUAAUGUUUAAAGUGGGCGAGAGGAUGAUGAACGGUAACGCAUACUGGGUGGUGGAGAGCUGGAAGCACACCUCGGAGGUCCAGACCGGGGCACAUUUUCUGUUCCGGAAUCUCUUCCACGGAAACAAAGCUCUCUCGGAUGCCGUACAUGCGUUCGCCAACGAGAAUUGGCGCGACAUUUUCCAGGAGGUGGCGCCACCUAUCGUCAAGGCCAUCGUCGCCAAAAUCGUGGACGAAUCCACCAAGUUAUUCAACAAAGUGCCCAUCAAGGAUCUCGUUUUACAAUAGUACUGUUACUUGUUAUAUAGUUAUGUUUUCCAA